GCUCCGAGGCUGACUGGAGACUGGGACGCCCUCACCUCUCGGCUCACGCCACUCUCUGCGCGCCGUCCUCGGGAGACCACGUUAGCCUCACGCUCUCUCUGUGUGCCACGUGAGCAAAGGUGUUGAUUGAAGGCGUCAGUGUGUACUUGUGGCUUGCGUGUGCCCUGUGUUGCGUGUGUGUGUGCGUGCGUUAAUAGUCAAGGCUUUCCCUGCACGCCCGUGGGAUGACAGUUCAUGUUGGAUCCAGUCGUGCGGCUUGACCAGGAUCUCCCUUCCUCUCCCUCUCUUCUCCCCAGGCCAUAAUACUCACUAUCAAGCCUACAUCCCCACUGUCGAAUCUUGAGCCGCGAGUGUGGGGAGCAAAUAGUGUCGGCAGGAGGAACGUGAAACACCGGCAAGCUGCUUCGCGCCGUCCUCCGGGGAGCGCACAAGCCCGCGCCCCCAGCCAUGGACGUGUGCGAGCUGAAUGGGCCGUGGGGGCGCCACAUGGUGCCCUCCUUUUGUGAUGACGCGGGUGUGGACCACAGGCCCCUGGAGACCACCCCUACCACGCCCUUACCAGACACCUCCCACGCCAUACAGCAGCUGCACGCCCUCCUACCCACCAGACCUGACGUGGGAUUUCUCAGAACGGAUCCAAUCUUCUUAAAACGUUUCCUAAGGGCCAGGAAGCACAGAGUUGGAGAUGCCUUCCUUCUGUUGUGCCACUACUUCGAGUACCGCCAGCGUCACCGUGACCUGUUCCGUGGGCUGAACGUGGGCGGCGAGUGUGACGGCAAAGGGGAAACAGCCAUCCAGACAGCCCUGCUUGACGGCCUGCCUGGCGUCCUGGCAGAGCGGGACCCCUGCGGCCGGCCUGUCAUAGUGCUCCUUGCCUCUAACUGGGACCACACAAAGUAUGACGUGAAGACUGUGUACCAGGCAGUGCUGCUGACCCUGGAGCGGCUGGUGGAGGAUGAGGCGGUGCAGGUCCAUGGCGUGGUGGCCAUCCUGGACUGGUCCAACUUUCCUGCUAGACUCACCACCAGCCUGUCACCCAAAAUGCUGAGGCUCAUGCUAGAUGGACUACAGGAUGCCUUCCCGUUGCGUCUGGGUGCCCUGCAUCUCAUCAACCAGCCCUGGUAUGUGGAGGCUGCCCUGGGGCUUGCCAGGCCCUUCCUUAAGGAGAAACUACGUUCAAGGAUACAUGUUCAUGGAAACAACUUGGCAACACUUCAUGCCCAGGUGCCACCAAGACUCCUGCCUGCCGAGCUUGGGGGUGAGGGUGGCGAGUACCACGCCCUGACCUGGGCCUCAACAAUGCUGAACUAUGUACCUGCUCAACAGACAGACAAAACAUCCCCACCACCAACAGCAGCACCACCACCACAGCCUUCCACAGAGGUGCAGCCUCCGGUUCCCAAAAGUACAACUGAAAACACUGAGGAUAAUUCUUCCUUCCCACAGACUUCUGACUGCUCUGCCAACACAUCAGCAGAUUCUAUGAGUACUCCACUUGUUACCAAAAGUGAAAGUACAGUCAGGUCAAGUAAGAGCUUUACUUCACUGCUUUUUGGGACAAGUGAUUCUGAAAAGGCAACUUGUAAUGGUAAUGUCAGUGAAGGAGAAGAUACCUCCUUGAAGGCUCACUAGACAACAUAGCCAUUAAGAGCAAGUUUAAGUGAAAUUAUUCAACCAUACAAACUGAUGAGAAGCUUUCACCAAGCAUUUUUUGUUUCAACAGCUGCAGUACCAACAUGUGGUCUAGUUUGUAUGUGGUGCAAGUGAAACAGUGGCAAGGUGUAUGCCAUGUGUACUUUCCUAUUGAUUCGGUUAUAUAUACAAGCAACAUUUAUUUCAUAGUGCACUGUUUUGUGUCAUGAUGAGAGUAUUCCUUGGAAUGCAUUUAUUUUUAUAUGAAAAUUUUCAUCAGGACACUAAUGUGUAUAAAUACUGGCAUGAAUGUAAUGACACUGUUAAACUGGUCUAGUCUUUGUACGUUAUAAAGAAACUAGUGAAAGAUUUAACAUUACGUCCUCACCCUAAGGGAAGCUCGCGCCGCGAUCAUUCCUUCAAGGUGUUUCCUUAUUUAUAAUCUGAAGUAAUAUUAUGUUGACUAUUUUAAGACUACACAGAAUUUUGUCACUUUCAAAUAUCUGAACUGGUGAUAAACUUUUCAAAGUCAAUAAACCUAAUUAGGGUUGAACACAGUGUAAAUGUAAAUUCAACCCUGUCCUGGUAGCCUCCUCCAAGGGCAUGUAUACUGUAGUGGUUUUAUUUGUGCAAGGAGAACCCAACCAAUUUGAUGGCUGGAACUAAAUAUUCUUGUAACUUCAGAUCAGAGAAAAUUUGGAAAUAGCUGAUCCAGAAAAUAAUAUUCUCAGCAUCAACUGCCAUACAAAUAACUUUAAAUUAUUUGAGGUUCUUCAAUUCAACUUGUACUUGCCAAGACAGCAUAUCAGAAGGUACCAUUAAAUGUCUCAGUGAUGCACAACUCACUCAGCACUAUUUGCUCCACUCAGCAUCAUUCAACCUGCCUUCAAGCUUUAACAAAGGAAUGGUGUACACAGUUUGUGUUACUGAAGUGCACAGAGCUGCUUCUAUCCAGAUAUUUGGUGCCUGUUUUCCACUGUAGAAAUAAUAUGUAUUCUCAAUCAUGAUAUGACAUGGAUGAACAAGUGGCAUGUGUUCAAGCUCUGUAAUAUUUUCCAGCACAUGCAGUCAAACACAGAAAGAGUGAUUUCACUAUAAACAAAAUGCAUUCUCUUAUCACUAAUUGGCACAUUUACACUUGCCAAGGCAAGCACUUAUUGCAUAACAUUUUACAAUGGGAAAACUGGCUCUGUGCCUCAGUCACACCAGCUUUUAGGUGUGAGUCACUCAUCACCUAGCCAGGCUGCAUGGCUUGAGAUGAUGAUGUUAUUUAACCUCUGUUAAUGAAUAAAUUUGGAUGAAAGUUUUGUAUCUGUAAAUUAACUAUACACUUGCUUAAUGAUGACAGGGCAAAAGCACAAAAUCUAUGUAACAAAGAAAACCAGAAUCAUGUCGCAUUUGGUAAGUAAUUUAGUAUAUUAAUGAUAUUUUCCUAUUCCUUGAACCACUCAUUACAUGGUCUGCUGAGGCUCUUGUGAUGGGACUACUGAAAUAUAAGUUCAGGGAAGAGCCAGCUAAUGCAAUGUUCAUAGUAUGACUUUAGUACCAAGCUUUUUUUCUGUAUACCUUUUCCAGGCAAUAAACUUUUUAUAUAAAAAAAA